AUGGACAGUGAGUACCGUAUCAUUCUCAACGUGGGCGGCGUUCGUCACGAGACCUACAAACAUACACUCAAAAAGAUUCCGGCCACUAGGUGGGCUUCUGUUUGUUUUCCACGCAUUCCUUCCUCCUCUUUUUUCAGGCUGUCCCGAUUAACCACAAAUUUGGCCAAUUACGAUCCGGUGCUCAACGAGUACUUCUUCGACAGACAUCCCGGAGUCUUUGCGCAAAUACUCAACUAUUAUAGGUUCGUUUUAAUUGGAAGAAAAAACAAAAAGAAGCCAAUUAUCUCUAAUUUUAGAACGGGCAAGUUGCACUAUCCGCUCGACGUUUGUGGUCCCUUAUUCGAAGAGGAAUUGAAGGUGAGAGGAUGAAGAAAGAAAGAGAUAGAGAAAACGUUUGCAGUACUGGGGACUGGACUCGAACGAGUGCGAACCGUGCUGUUGGAUGACUUUAUCCGGCACCCGGGACACGCAGGACGUGCUCAAGACAUUGGAUGAGUUGGACAUUGAAGUGGACCAGACCGAGGGACCGGUACAAACCCCUUUGGCUCCGCGCUCAACUGAACUUCCUACUUCCAGGAGCUGUACAAACGAUUUGGCUGGGAAGACGACUACCACAACGACAGUCUGAGCAGCUGGCAGAAACUGAAACCCCGUAUCUGGCGGCUGUUCGACGAGCCGAACUCGUCGCGCUCGGCGCAAUUCAUCGCCGCCAUCUCGGUCUUCUUCCUCAUCACCGCCAUCAUCGUGUUCUGUUUGAAGACGCAUCCGGGACUGCGGAUACCCGAACUCACGCCGUUCGGAAACUUUUCCCGCAACCAUCGGAGCACUUCGUCGCGAAUACAUCCCGCGCAAAUCAACAUCGAUAAACAGAAUUCUAGGCCUCAUCCCACUUUUAUGGUAAGCGGAUCUUGUCGUCUGUCAUGCGACGUCUUCUUAACUGCAAUUUUCAGUACAUCGAAACAGUAUGCAACAUUUGGUUCACGAUAGAGAUUCUGAUGCGCUUCGCCUCGUGCCCGUCGCGUUUCGAGUAUUUGCGCGCGCCCGUCAACAUCAUCGACAUCGUCGCGACGCUCACUUUCUACAUCGACCUGCUUUCGAGCAUGUUCGGCGCGACGGCGGACCUCGAGUUCUUCUCGAUCAUUCGCAUCAUGCGGCUCUUCAAACUCACCCACCACAAUUCGGGGCUCAAGAUCUUGAUGCACACGUUCCGCGCGUCGGCGAAAGAGCUCAUGCUGCUCGUCUUCUUUUUAGUGCUCGGCGUCGUCGUGUUUGCGUCGCUCGUCUAUUACGCGGAACGAGUGGAGAGCAACGAGGACAACCAGUUCGUCUCCAUUCCGAUCGGAUUGUGGUGGGCGGUGAGUUGCGAAUGCCACGUGGCACUUUCAACUGAUCACUUUCAGAUAGUGACGAUGACGACAAUCGGCUACGGAGACAUCACGCCGCAUACCUACCUCGGCAGGCUCAUCGGAUCGAUCUGUGCUCUUGCCGGAGUGCUCACAAUUGCUCUCCCAGUCCCCGUGAGUUUUCAAAAACAAAAAAUGCUAAUUUUUGUCAUAAAUCGAGCGGAGAAAACGUAAUUAAUUUUGCCUUUUGAUGUGAAUUCGUAAUGAAUUUGUUGUUGUUUCAGGUCAUCGUCUCCAACUUUGCCAUGUUCUAUUCGCACACUCAGGCCCGCUCGAAAAUGCCGAAAAAGCGAAGAGGAGUGCUCUCGAUGGACCAGGUCGCCCAGCACGUGAGUCCUGAAAAGUCCAGAUGCUCGUUAUUCGGGACGCUUUCAGGUGAAACAUGCUCCGGCGCGCAACUCUAACGGUCCGACGCAAAGGAAGAAUAUGGAGCACACGCCUCUGGUGUCGAACAAUCACAACACUCCGCCGCACACUCUCAUCUGA